UAUGAGGAGAUCAAAUGGUUACUCAAAGGUGAAUAAGGAAGACCCAGAAGACAUUAUGCAUCGACGAGCUCAGUUCUUGAUCUACAAGGUGAUGGAACAAGCUGAUUGUAGAAGAAAACCAUCGUUCCUAGGAAUGAGAUUGUGUAGGCUAAAGGUGAAGAUUGGUGCAAGGUUGAAGAAGCUAAGGAAGUGUGGUGGCGUUUAUAAGCAGGUGGUUGAUGGAUUGAAAACUUGGAGACGCUUGUUUAACAACAACAACAAGAAGAAGCGUGGUGGUGGUGGAACCAUUAAUGCCACCCUUCCUCGUCCUUUGUUCACUUGAUAUAUACAUGCAUAU